ACUUAUUUUUGAAGAGUUGACAAUGGAUUUGGUCGCCUCGGACUACCGACGCUGUGGCUUCUCCUCCAUUGGUCUACACCCGGUCGCCAGCGUCUUCGUAGAAAGGAAGCCGAGAUCGUCCUCUGAUUCCACUCAGUUUCACUGUCCCAUCAAUCUCAGACCUCCUCUCCUGCUACCGAUGGCUAAAAAUUGCUUCUUAUAACUGAUUCAGAUUAAAAUAUGCGAUAUUCGAUUCCAGAUACUACAAAUUAUGAUCUAUUCCGAAAAGUUGAGUACAUAUCUAAUAAUACAGUGAGGUAGCAGUAGCUGCGGCAUGGAAGGGACCUCAUGCAUCAGAAAAGUGGCAUCACGCUGCUCGAUGGCGGACGAGGACGACGAUCUGGACCUCGCGCGGCUUCUUGACAAGCCGAAGCUGAAUAUAGAGCGACAAAGGUCCUUCGAUGAGAGGUCGUUCAGUGAGCUUUCUAUAAACAUUCGAGCGAUUGAUGGCUUUGAGAGCCUGUACUCCCCCGGGGGGAUAAGGUCCGGCUUAAAUACACCGGCGUGGUCGGCGAGGAACUCGUUUGAAACACACCCUACGAUUGCGGAGGCUUGGGAGGCUCUUCGACGCUCGUUGGUAUAUUUCCGUGGCCAGCCGGUGGGAACAAUCGCUGCUGUGGAUCAUGCCUCUGAGGAGGUCCUAAAUUAUGAUCAGGUGUUUGUUCGUGAUUUUGUGCCAAGCGCACUAGCAUUUUUAAUUAAUGGCGAACCGGAAAUAGUUAAAAAUUUUCUCCUUAAAACUCUCCUUCUCCAAGGUUGGGAAAAGCGAGUUGACCGUUUCCAACUUGGGGCAGGUGUCAUGCCAGCAAGCUUCAAGGUUCUUCAUGAUCCUCAUAGGGAAGUUGACACUAUAGUUGCUGACUUUGGUGAGAGUGCAAUAGGUAGAGUUGCACCAGUUGACUCUGGAUUUUGGUGGAUUAUUCUGUUGCGUGCCUAUACAAAGUCCACCGGUGAUCUCUCUCUAGCUGAAACUCCGGAAUGUCAGAAGGGCAUGAAGCUUAUAUUAACUUUGUGUUUAUCAGAGGGAUUUGACACAUUCCCAACUUUACUCUGCGCAGAUGGGUGCUCAAUGAUAGACAGAAGAAUGGGCGUCUAUGGGUAUCCAAUUGAGAUUCAAGCCCUUUUCUUCAUGGCAUUGCGAUGCGCUUUAAUAAUGCUCAAAUAUGAUGCUGAAGGGAAGGAAUGUGUUGAGCGAAUUGUGAAGCGUUUGCAUGCUUUGAGUUAUCACAUGAGAAGUUACUUUUGGAUCGAUUUCCAGCAGCUAAAUGACAUUUAUCGUUAUAAAACAGAGGAGUAUUCUCACACAGCAGUCAACAAAUUUAAUGUUAUUCCGAACUCAAUCCCAGAAUGGGUUUUUGACUUUAUGCCUAAUCGCGGUGGUUACUUUGUUGGAAAUGUCAGUCCAGCAAGGAUGGACUUCAGAUGGUUUGCCCUUGGUAAUUGUGUUGCUAUUUUAUCAUCACUUGCUACUCCUGAGCAGUCCAUGGCUAUAAUGGAUCUCAUUGAAGCGCGUUGGGAAGAGCUGGUUGGAGAAAUGCCUAUGAAGAUUACUUACCCUGCCCUUGAGGGCCAUGCAUGGAUGACUGUCACUGGCUACGAUCCCAAGAAUACAAGAUGGAGUUACCACAACGGGGGAUCCUGGCCAGUGCUUCUAUGGCUGCUCACCGCAGCUUGCAUCAAGACUGGUCGGCCGCAGAUAGCUCGACGAGCAAUAGAACUCGCUGAGAUCCGGCUUCUGAAAGAUUCCUGGCCUGAAUAUUAUGAUGGAAAGCUUGGCAGGUUUAUAGGAAAGCAGGCUAGAAAGUUCCAAACAUGGUCUAUUGCAGGCUAUCUUGUGGCCAAGAUGAUGCUGGAAGAUCCCUCACAUUUGGGAAUGAUUUCCCUUGAGGAAGAUAAGGCAAUGAAGCCACUCAUCAAGAGAUCUACUUCCUGGACAUGCUGAGGGCCUCAAGUUAUAUGAGAAUCCCCUCAAAAUUUCACCAGCAUUUGGCAGCAAUUUUACCAUAGAGUUGGCUUGUAUGAUAUAACAUAAUUGAAGAAAUCCUUCUUCCACAGUAAGGUUUAUAAAUUUUGAAUAAAAGUGGAGCUUUGUUUAUAAUAAAAUUUUACUGGUUCAUGUAGCAAGAUAUUUGGAACCAAAUGAUAAACAUAGCUCAAGGAAGGCGAUUGGUUUUUAUUUGCUUUCUA